AUGGACCGGUCACUGAAAUGUUUCACCAACUGCCUGCUUUGCAUGUCGGGAGAAUUGGUGGCGCAAGAUCUUUACCUUGACGCCGAGCAAGGAAUCAUCACGCCUAACUACUACUUUCGACAGGAAGGCGUGGAGAGGAUAGAUCUGGAUGGUAAAAUAGUUGCGCCAGGGUUUUUGGACCUGCAGACAAACGGCAUGAAGGGUGUCCAUUUCACCGAGCUGUCCCUGGGUGCUCCCGGGGACGAUGAACACAAGUUAAAAGACGUCAGUGAGAUGGAAGUCCGUCACGGAGUGACAGGCUGGUGGGCGACUGUGCCUACGGUGGAUAAGGAACGGUGGAAGCAGAUAGUACCAGUGCUGAGACCACGACAAUUUGACUACGGUGCCGACUUACUGGGUGUACAUGUCGAGGGGCCGUAUCUCAACGCCUCGAAGCGGGGAGCACAUAAUGCCGCCUACCUCCAAGAACCGGCGAAAACAUCUCCGACUAUCCUGUAUGGUGAGGGCAAUCUCAAGGAUGCUAUCAAGCUGGUCACACUGGCACCAGAACUGGCCGGAUCAACUUCACUGGUGGGCCAGCUGCAAGAAGAAUACCCUCACGUUGUCAUCUCUCUAGGGCAUUCGGCCGCCACUUACGAGGAGGGCCUUGCAGCUCUGCGAAUGGGUGCCCGUGCGUUAACACAUGUCUUUAACGCAAUGCUGCCUCUUCACCAUCGCACACCGGGGCUUGCUGGGCUGAUGAGCACUGGCAAGUGCUAUUACUCGAUCAUUCCAGAUGGAAUACACCUGCACCCUUCGGUGGUAACUCUUUGCCUGCGCACCGAUCCGAGGAAAUGCAUCUUCAUAACGGACAGCAUCGAACUCGCUGGCCUACCGGAUGGGGUGUACAGUGGACACGGGCAGAUUCCACUGCGACAGGUUAAGCAAGGCAACAGAGUGACCAUUGAAGGCACAGAUACAUUGAUCGGCAGCUGCUGUACGCUGGACGAGUGCAUCCGGAAUGCUAUGGCAUUCACCGGUUGUAAUCUCGCCGAAGCUGUACAGUGUGUCACCGAAAACGUUGCAGAUAUGAUGGGCGAGAGCAAGAGAGGGAGGCUCGAACCUGGCCGACGUGCUGAUUUUGCAAUUCUGGACGAAGAGGGAACUGUUUUGGAGACUUGGAUCAGGGGAACUAAGGUAUGGGCGAGAGCGUGA